AUGGCAGCACCAUAUACUGUUCACGCCUCGAUUCUUUUUGACCCCAAGAAGAAGGCAUUCGUUAAAGAUGUCUCCGUCACUGUCGACCCCAAGUCCGGCUUGAUUGUGGAAGUCGCACAACGUCCACCAGGCUCCCUGGGCGAAUCUGUGCCAGAAGGCGAUGUCGAUCUUCGAGGGAAGAUUGUGAUGCCGGGCUUUGUUGAUGCGCAUACACAUGUUUUCCUUCACUCAUACGAUGAACGUGCGUCCCUGCUCCAGAAGCGCGAUGAAAGCAUUGUCGAGCGAAUAGUCCGCGCGGCCAACCACUGCCGAACGGCUCUGCUCGCGGGCUACACAACCUAUCGUGAUCUAAGCUCGGAGUCAAUGGGAGAAGGCGACGCUCAACUUCGGGAUUGCAUCAACCGCGGCCUAACACCGGGACCACGAAUGUUCGUGGCCACACGCGCACUAGCCAGCACGGGAUCAUAUGAGCCUCGCACCGAGAACUCGUCAGGCGGCGUGUGCCUGCCGAUGGGAGGCGAGGCGGUCGAUGGUCCAGAUAACGUCCGAACGGCGGUGAGGCGACGCCUAGCCGCCGGUGCGGAUGUGAUCAAAUACUUUGCCGAUUAUCGCCGCCGCAUUAUGCGAUACCCUCCAGCACAGCAACAUCCUUAUAUUGUUGGCGUCACGCACCCUCCGGCGGACCCCAACCCGGACCUGCUCGUUUUCGCACAGGAAGAAGUCGAGGCUCUUGUUCAGGAAGCGAAAAUGGGUAAGGCGCCGGUGGCAUGUCACGCCGGAACCAUCGAGGGAGCAAUGAUCGCCGUCAAAGCCGGAGUGCAUACCAUUGAACACGCCUACUUCGCAGACAAGGAGUUGUUCGAAUUAAUGAAAGAGAAAGGAACUGUGUUUUGUCCGACCCUCGCUGUCUGUGAGCGGGUUCAUCAUCGCCGCUUCGAUGCGAUCAAGAGGCAGACGAAGCUGGCCCACGAAGUAGGUGUCCGGUUCGCUUGUGGAGGAGAUACUGGUCCUUAUCCUCAUGGUCAGGGGGUCAGAGAGAUAGAGCUCAUGCGUGAAGCUGGUCUCCCGCUAGAAGAUGUCUUGGAGGCCUGCUUUGUUGGAGGCUGGGAGGCUUGUGGAGGAGAUUUAUGUGGAAUGCGAUUCGGCUGGUUUGACAAAGGGUUGAGAGCCGAUAUUAUCGCCCUCAAUUCAGACCCGAGGGAGGAUAAGCAUGCUUUACGAAAGGUGGACUUCGUCAUGAAGGAUGGUCAGAUCUGGAAACGGGAUGGAAAAGGUGUGGGGAUGUACCUCAAUGACCACGACUGGGAUCAAGGGGAUACUUACACACCCCUCAAGUGA